UCACUGUACCAGAGGAAGAACAGCACAUCACUAGGCUUUUGGUCAGAUGACAGACAUGGGGGCGGAGACAUGGCCUGCAUCACCUGUCAUAAAACAGGAGGAAAUGGAUGAUGGUGACAUGGAGUCUCAAGGUUAUGGCAAGGAGAUUCCAGACACUCACAAGGCCAACCAGAAUAUCACAGGAGAAAGUGAUGAGCCAGACAGAAGUCCAGCCUCUGGGGGAUCCAGARAACUUGGACUCGACGACUUCAAGAGAGAACAGAGUCCGUUGCUGGUGUCAGCUGAGGAUGCGCCGGCACCCACGAAGAAGAAAUGUAAAAAAAGGUUUGAGAAACUUCCAAUGGCCAAUGGUAUUUGGCAAGAACGUGAUCCUACUGUGGAAGAUAAAAGUCCGCCAUCACUGGUACCAGUGGGAGAAGGGCAAUCACAGGCCCAUAGUCAGACAACAGACAUGGGGGUGGAGACAUUGCCAGUACCACUGGUCAUAAAACAGGAGGAUGAUGACAUGGAGUUUCUAGGUUAUGGCGAGUGGAUUCCAGAGACUCACAAGGCCAACCAGAAUAUCGGGGGAGAAAGUGAUGAGGACGAGAGAAGUCCAGCCUCUGGGGGAUCCAGAGAAAUUGGACUCGACGACUUCAAGAGAGAACAGAGUCCGUUGCUGGUGUCAGCUGAGGAUGUAGCGGCACCCACAAAGAAGAAAUGUAAUAAUAUAAAAAUGUACACGUGUGAAGUAUGUGGUAAGAUUGAGACCAAGAAAGGCACAAUGACAAGUCACAUGAUAAAGCACACAGGGCUGCUCUUUAGCUGUGAUAUCUGUGGUGAGAAAUUCAAGCAUCAAGACUUCUUGACCAGUCACAAGCGCUCCAAUCACUACACAGGGAUCAUCUACAGUUGCUCUGUGUGCGGAAAAACCUUCCGGCAGGCCACAUCUCGCGACACGCAUGAGCGUGGUCACACUGGAAAAAACUAUUGGUGUUCACGUUUUGCAUUCUCUCCCUGCCAGAUCGCUGGCUUCUCCGUCCAGGUGCUAUUCUCCAUCGCCUGCAACUUUGUCUUUAUCCUUGAACUUUGA